UUCAAUGGCUGUCGUUACGAGAAGGUAUGUACUGGGAAGCUCUUGCUACUGGAACUGUUCCCGUCUUAGAUUCGAUACAUUUGAUUGUUGCAAAAUGUCACUACUAGCAAGAUUAACAUCCAACUUCGAAACAAUUGGUCGCCGAACUAUUUGGACCUCAUUUAAAACCCGACGAAUUCGUCCGAUCUUCACCCCAACCAAACGACUGAAAUUUAUUCAGAGCGAGUUGAAUAGUUUCACAAGUGUAUUAGAAGCAAAACAGUCACAGACAACCGGAAACACUUGGCAAUCGAUCUUCUUCAGAAUGUCGAUCUCAACCGAAUCACAGAAUGCAGUUAAAGCCAUCACGAAUACUUUGAAAGACAAGAAGUUAGUCCUGUUUCUGGACUACGACGGGACCCUGGCCGAUUUAACUACGAAUCCAGAUGAGACGUUCAUGACAGAGGCCAUGAAGAGUGUCCUCACAGACGUGAGUUUUCUGGAUGACGUCACCGUAGUGGCCAUUAGUGGACGGAAGACGGAGGAUGUGCAGAGUAGGAUUGGACUGAGUAAUAUCAUGUACUGUGGCAAUUUUGGCCUCGAAAUGUGUCUGACUGGAAAUGGAAUGACGUACAAUGUCAACGCAGAGGAACUCAGCAAUCUUCGGAGUGGUAUCGCCAGCAUCAUCCGAGAUCUGAAGGAGGCGAAGUUGGGGAAGGAGUGUGGGGGGAAUAUAGAGGACAAGGACACUGCUAUGACCUGGCACUUCUUCCACGUGCCCCCAAGUGAGGAGGCGGCGUUGGUGGAGAAGGCGAGUGAGAUCGUGAGGAAAAACGGAUUCCCCGUUCUAGAAGGACACGGAUGCAUUGAGGUGAGACAUCCGCAUAUCACCAAAGGAGACGCCAUGAAAAAGAUACUCAACGAGCACGUCUCGCCCAUCUGGCACGAGACUCACUCGGUCAUUUUCAUCGGCGACAGCUCCUCCGACGAAAUGGGAUUCGCCACAUUGCUCGACGACAAACACUUCCCCAGCGACUGUGUCACCUUCAUCAAGAUACAAUCCGAUAGUACACUGCCAACUAAUGGAAAAUACAUAUUCUCCGGCUGCGAUGACGUUUUUGCACUACUCAAUGCGGUCAAAGACCACUACUCGAAACAAAAUACUCAAUGAGCAACAAACUAUUUAUUUAAGAGGAACAAAUUUAUUUUACAAAGUAUUUUUUAUAGUUUCUUGUAUGAUAGUUUUUCAUGGAGACAUUUGUUUGCCACAAAAGAAAGAUUCGCAGUAAGUUGCCUAAAUUUAGCAUAGUUAGUAUCA